AUGGAUUCCUACGGUGCUGCUCCUCCACCUCGUGGAUGCUACAACUGUGGCGAUGCAUCUCACCAAGCCCGUGACUGCCCAACCCGUGGCCCAGCUAAGUGCUACAACUGCGGUGGUGAGGGACACAUGAGCCGCGAGUGCCCUGAUGGACCCAAGGACAAGACCUGCUACAAGUGCGGUCAACCAGGCCACAUCUCCCGGGACUGCACCAACCCCUCCUCUGAUGGUGCUGGCCGUGGCGGAUUCGGUGGACAAGGUGGUGGAUCCCAAGAGUGCUACAAGUGCUCCAAGAUCGGACACAUUGCUCGCAACUGCCCUGAGGCUGGUGGCUACGGUGGUGGUGGCUACGGUGGCCAAUCCGGAUACGGUGGUGGACAAGGUGGAUACGGUGGCGGCGGCAGAGCUCAAGGUGGACAAACCUGCUACUCGUGCGGUGGUUACGGCCACAUGUCUCGUGACUGCACCCAAGGCCAAAAGUGCUACAACUGUGGCGAGGUCGGUCAUCUCUCAAGAGACUGCCCCUCCGAGAACAACAACGAGCGUACUUGCUACAAGUGCAAGCAGCCCGGCCACGUCCAGGCUCAAUGCCCCAACUAA